AUGUUGACCAACAGCUGGUUGAAUCAGUCUCCUCUCCCAGCGGACUCCGUGUCCCAUGGUGCCCCGCGCCGCCCACCCUCCCCAUUGGCUGGCGGCGGUGGCGGCACGGCCCUAUCCCAGUGCCCCCCGCUGGCUCACAGCUCGGGCUCCAUCCUCAGGGGCGCCGCGGCGGCAGCGGACUCCAUCUCCCAGCGUGCAGCGCGGCAGCUGCGGUGUGCGUCGGCCAAUCAGCGCGGCGGCGCGGCAAGGGGCGGGCCGGGCGGCGGGGGAGGCUGUUUAAAGUGGCGCUUGCGGCGCGCGAAGGGGAUGGCGGAGCCGGCAGACUAUCCCCCGUUCCAGCUGGGGAAGCCCCGCUUCGAGCAGACUUCAUUUUAUGGCAGAUUCAGGCACUUCUUGGACAUCAUCGAUCCCCGGACUCUCUUUGUUACUGAGAGUCGCCUGAAGGAAGCUGUGCAGCUGCUGGAGGAUUACAAGCAUGGGACUUUGCCCCCAGGAGUCACCAACAAGGAGCUGUGGGGAGCUCAAAAAAUUAAGCAGGCCAUCAUCCACCCCGAUACGAAUGAGACCAUCUUCAUGCCUUUCCGGAUGUCAGGUUACAUUCCCUUUGGAACACCCAUCGUUGUUGGUCUUCUCUUGCCCAACCAGACGCUGGCAUCCACUGUGUUUUGGCAGUGGUUGAAUCAGAGCCACAAUGCCUGCGUCAACUAUGCAAACCGCAACGCGACCAAGCCUUCUCCGACAUCCAAGUUCAUCCAGGGCUACUUGGGAGCUGUCAUAAGUGCUGUCUCAAUAGCAGUGGGCCUUAAUGUUCUGAUUCAGAGAGCAAACAAGUUUACUCCUGCCACUCGUCUCUUGAUCCAGAGGUUUGUGCCAUUCCCUGCUGUCGCUAGUGCCAAUAUCUGCAACGUUGUCCUGAUGAGGCACACGGAGCUGGAAGAAGGAAUUGAUGUUUUGGACAACAAUGGAAACAUCGUUGGAUCUUCCAGAAUUGCUGCAAAACACGCGCUGCUAGAAACGGCCCUGACUCGAGUGGUCCUGCCAAUGCCUAUACUGGUUCUACCUCCAAUUAUUAUGUCCAUACUGGAAAAAACAUCACUGCUGAGGUCUCGUCCCCGGAUGAUUCUCCCAGUCCAAAGCCUUGUGUGCCUCGCUGCCUUUGGCCUGGCCCUCCCCUUGGCCAUCAGUCUCUUCCCACAGAUGUCUGAGAUUGAGACAUCUCAUCUGGAGCCCGAAAUUGCAAUGGCCACCACCAGUAAGACUGUGAUCUACAAUAAAGGAUUGUAA